UGCUACUAUGCGUGCAGCCAGCAACACAGCUAACGAUGGCACAGUGACAUGUCAUAUACUGUUAGUGAAUGAUGAUGGAGCAGACAAUGGUGGGCACAUUCAACGUCUUAAACAACAUCUGCACAGAGUGAAUACACAUCUGUGCAAGACCACCGCUGAUCAUUCAGAUCUAACUUGCUUGUCCGGCGAUGUCAAGGAUUGCUUCGUGCCCAUGCAGGCUCUGACGGAGAAAGAUGCUCUGCAGCUGACGUAUCGUGCGCAACAAGCUGCAACUCGCCGUGUCACUGGAAGACAGCCAAUAUCUGACCGUACACCAGGCGUUGCUAUCCCAGGAGCUAGACAAGAUAAGAGUGACAAAGUGGAAGGAGGAAGGCAGUUUGUUCUGUCCAGCGCUAAGCAGCUCUUGUCUGAUCCCCAUUAUUAUGAAGGUGUAACUAGCGCUGGCAAAAGUGGUGUUGGUGUUGGUGGUGGUGAUGACACAGUUGACACAGACAUUCUGGAAAGUUGCAUUGUAAUUGGCAACGCUGGGCAGGGAAAGACAACACUGAGCAAACGAGUCAUUGCCGACAUCAUGGAGACAACAACUGGGAAUCUGGCAAAGAUUGAAUUCAUUUUCUACGUGCCGUGCCGUGAUUUGCAACGUACACAGUCAGCAGAUUGGUGUGUGUUCCUUGGUUUGGACCAGUUGCACAUCAGUACACAGGAGCAAUCUAUACUGCUCAAUUACCUCUCUGAACAUUCCGACCAGGUAUUGAUUGUCAUCGAUGGGAUUGACGAACUUGGCAGUGAUGGAUUUGGUAACGGAUCAGCAGCCCAAGCUGUAAUAUUGAGGAGCAGCAGCAGUCACCAUUCACUACUACCUGAUGCUAUUAUAGUCGCAACUAGCCGACCGUGUAAUGAAGUUUAUCAGCACAUCCAGAAUUUCCGCUUACGUUUCCGACUUCUCGGCUUCUCAGCAGACCAGCUCUUUGCGUACUGCUCACGACAGCUCGGAGAGGAGGUUGCCAAGAAGUGUAUGGAAGAGCUUUCCCAACGGAACAACUGUCUGCUGAAGGAAGCCAUUCGACAAUCUCCACUCCUAUGUGCUCUGCUCGUUCAGCAAUAUCCCAUCAACAACUCUCUACCCUCCAGUGUGACACUUUUCUACGACCACUACUUACGCUCCUCACUCGCAAAGCUGGAAAAGCGGCGAGGAAGGAAGUUUGGUCAAAUACGGCUUGCACAUGACGUCAUCAGUCACUGCAGUGGUGGCCGGCACUUCAGUUGUGGUGAUCUUGUCAGUAUCCCCGUGGUAAUAGAACAUCAUUUGGAGCGCUAUGUGAAGGAGACAAGCAACAAUGAUGAGGAGUGUGAUCACCAUGCUGUGGAGCUAGUCAAGGCAUUGCACAAUCUCUACACGAUGUGUCUUGCAACAUAUCAAAGGGGCAUGGCUACGUUUACAUCCACGCUGUCAACCCUCCACCAGUCCAUUUGUCAAGAUCUCGGCUUACUGCUCAACCCUGGUAUGCAUCCGUCGUUCGUCGGUUCCACUCAGACUGUGUCCUUGACUCACUUGACACUGCAAGAGUGGUGUGCAUCGAGAUGCAUCAUUUCUUCUGACUCGUGCGUAGACAUCAUCCGGAGCUGCAUCAACACUGUCGGCACAGACUUGAACACACUUGUCUUCUGGCAAUUUGUCUUUGGAGCACUGAAGCCAGACCUUCUACAUUCAUCUUUGUUGGCUCUGAAGUCUGAAAACAGCAUCAGUGAUUACUCUUUCCAGAGCAAGAAGAAGAGGUUUCUGUUCAUGAUGAGAUGUUUGAUGGAAAGCCACAUUUCACUCCAACAUAACCGCACUGGAAACCCCAAUCAGGAUGUAGACGCAAUCAUCCAUCGCUGCUAUGCUAUGUCAGCCAACCUCCUGGCCAGUGAUGGAAUUGAUGUUAGUGGAAUCCACCUUGAAGUUGUUGAUGUGAUGGCUUUACAUACUGUUUUGGAGCUUGUAGACCAUGUAAAGUCUCUGGAUCUCAACAGUUGUAAUCUGUCGAGUGACUGUGUCAUUUUGCUAUCUGACCAACUGGAUAAAUGCGUCAAGGUGACUUUGCUUGGUGCCAAUCUCACUGCAGCACCAUUGGCAAGCAUAUCAAGCACACUGUCUAGAUCAACACGGCGUACCCUCCAGGUUCUUGACAUUAGCAACACAAGGUUGACCAGUGGAUCUGCAGAUGGAGCAGCACUUGCUGGAUGUGUAAAACACCCAAGUCUAACGUACCUGACUGCAGUCAACACUCCACUUGGCAAUGAUGGUCUGGCAGCAUUUGUGAGCAACUUGGCUCCGUGUAACAAUCUCACAGAUCUAUCACUGGCAUGGUGUGGACUGGAUAGUGGAUGUGGAUCUGACCUGGCAACACUGGUCACACAGUUACCACACCUUAAGACUCUAUGGCUGAGUGACAACUCACUCUCCAACGGUGACGUGUCAUGUGUACUAUCCAGUCUCCAUUCUCAUGAUACCAUACAGCAUCUCUUCUUCGAGAACACCAGACUGACUGAUGAGCUAGCCGCUAGUGUUGUUGACUUUCUGCAAGCUCGUCGCGGUCGUGAGCACACUGGGAGUGUCAGCACAACACUACCACCAUGCAGGGUUUAUCUGACCGGCAGUGGUGUAACAAUCCGUCUUCUACAGGAAGUGGCUACGUCUAGUCAAUGUGGUGGUGACGUAAUCGACAAUUGCAGCCGCUAUGCUACUGGUACUUUGGUACAGACUCAGUCGAUUGAUUUUCUGGUCAGUGUACAUGGUGGUGGUCUACUAGGCAAGGUUGAUGACUCCAUGAUGUCAUCACUUGGUCAGUACCUUGCUACCAACACUGACCUUGACCUACUGGACGUAGCACAGUGUAACAUCACCGAUGCUGUAGCAACUGCUCUGGCAACAUCUGGCCUUGCUCACAACACAGUGCUGAAAUACCUUUGUCUGCACAGGAAUAGGAUACAGCUAUCUGGUGUUGUAAGUGUACUACAAGCAGUGACAUCACCACAAUCACAUGUCAGUGCAUUGUGUCUGGAGGACAACCCAGUGUUUCAUGAUAUACAGCCCAGUCAUGCUGAUUUCAAACUGCUAUGCCAGCUUCUCUCUAGAUUCCACCGGCUGCGCUUCAUUUCAUUUGCCAGGACGGGCAUGAGUGAUGAAGUUGGUGCAAGCAUCCUACACUCUCUCCAUCACCAUACACGUAUUGAAUGGAUGGAUAUGGCGAUCAAUAAGAUUGGUGAUGCCACAGUGCAUGCCCUGGUGGAUAUGAUGAAGAAGAACACAAGCUUGAGAUUGAUCAGCCUAAAUGACUGCAAGAUCACCGAUGAUAGCAUUCAAGCCAUGCUGCAGUCACCAGGCAUCAUGGGAAUGGAGGGUGUACACUUGUACGGGAACCCAUGCUCUAUGGACAAGCUUCGACCUCCAUUGUACAAUUCCGUGCAUCGGUAUGGCAAGUUUACUGUCCUGGAGUUCAUCUCGGAUUGAUUGCAGGAAGGCGUUACACAACAUCAGCAUAUUCCCAGUCAUUGCUCAAAGAGUAGUCGAGGACAGAGCUGACGUAAUGUUCAAGUUUGAUCUACAGACCAACAGUCAAUGAUUGCACAACUUCCAGAAUGGCGUAUGUGCAGACAGUGACAUCUCAGGUGUGAGUGUGUGUGUGUGUGUGUGUAUGUGUGUGUGUGUGUGUGUGUGUGUGUGUGUGCGUGUGUGUGCAUGUGUGUGCAUAUAUGUGUGUGUGUGUGUGUGUGUGUGUGUGCAUGUGUGUGUGGGUGGGUGGAUUCGUGUGUGCGUGCAUGCGUGUGUGUGUGUGUGGUGUGUGUGUGUGUGUGUGUGUAACGGAAGACUUGGUCGGAUAGUUACGAUGCCGACACUCUCCUCCUCGCCCCCACCUCGGAGUGCUUUGCAAGGCCUUGCAAGCCCGCUAGUGGAGCAAACUACAGCACGAAGACGAUGAUUUAGAACGACUCUGAGCAUUGGCUCAUGAAAUGUUCGCUCUGUUGUGGAGAGUGAUGGACCAGUUCAAGCGGCAGCCGUGAGAGGAAUCAUUUCCCAUGAUAAGGCAGAUCGCUGCCAGAGAUGGCUCUCUCGAACAUGGUCCCUGAGUCCCUGACCUAGUACCUCUCUCUCAACGGACUGCCGUCGCUCGCCGUUCCAGUUCUAGUCGGACCCGCAAGGGGACACGUUACCGUAAUGGCAGUGUUUACCAGGACCAUGUGUGUGUGUGUGUGUGUGUGUGUGUGUGUGUGUGUGCGUGUGCGUGCGUGCGUGUGUGUGUGUGCGUGCAUGUGUGUAGGCGUGCAGCACACAUCACACGGAGUAUUGAAUUCACUUGAGUAGAAUGUAAUUUGUGUGUGUACUGUUUUCAAUGAUUGUAUUGUGUAGCAUGCAUGACUCUGCUGAAGAAACAGUUCAAUCAUCAGUUUUCUGGUUAUUCUAGGAUUUACGGAUAUAAUUCCUCACAGUCAAGUAUACACACAAGAAUACAUGAUGUUACUGGUAGUGCAACUGCUGAUGCUGCAGACAAUACUUCUGUUCAUAUUGUUGCACACUACGUAGCUCUCCGUCACGAUUCUUCUGUUGGUUUUGUUGAUGUGGUUAUUGUCACCAGCAAGUGCUGAGUACACUCUACAAUAGUCUUAUAGAUAUGUAUAUACAGUAUAAUUAUACAUGAGCGUUAGCAUGUUAACGCGAGUUAGCAGCCAGCCCAGCGAGCUGGCCCAACCUGCACGCAUGCGCGAGUCACGUGGGCACGCGCCCUUCAAAAUCCUGUACAAUGUCUCUUGCAUGUCAUUGCUGUCUGGACUUUCGAGCGUGCAACUUGCGGAACAUGUAUUCCCAAACAAUUUCCUUAGUCGAUUGCUGAUGGACGUGUUUGUCAAUAUUGACACCAAUGCCAGCAUAAAAUUUUAAUGAAAUACAUUCAUUGUUGCUGGUGGUACGCUUGAUCAGCUGUAGCCGGCACUCUGCUGCUCCUAUUGACUGUGACGAAGAGUUUAUCUAGUCUUGGUGUGAUGAGACGCGCGGAAACUCCAUUGCUCUCAGUCCACACUGCACCGCGGCCAUGCUGCAUCACCUCAUCACACAUGAUACAGCUGUAAUGUAUUUCCUUGAUCUCAAGCAUUCAGUCACGGUCUGCACUGCACCCCGGGCACCAUUCCAGAGAGGGCAGUAUUACCCCCCAA